CAAUGGACGUAGGUGGAGUAGGUGGUCUGCGAAAUGUAAAAAGUGCUAUUUCAGUUGCUCGCAAGGUGCUAGAGAACACAAAACAUUCCUUACUGGGUGGAGAUUUAGCUACAGAUUUUGCUGUAAAAAUGAAAUUUCAGAAAGAAUCUCUGCAAACGAAUGAAUCUAAGCAAAUGUGGACUGAAUGGAAGGCAAAUAACUGUCAACCCAAUUUUUGGAAGAAUGUUGUACCAGAUCCAACGGCUACCUGCGGGCCAUAUAGCCCACAGUUAACUCAACAAACUGGUUUAAGCAAUACUGAAGAUAUUGAUAAUAAUUACGUAUUAAACGGAAGCGAGGAAAACCACGAUACGAUCGGUGUACUGGAGUUUGACAGGAGUCGACCGACGGAGCACGUGCUCGUCGUACGCUUGCCAGCUGCAAAUAUCUGA